UACGGUGGGCGCUCGGCGCUGCGGUUCGCUCGGGUUCGGAGGGCGGAAGUGCCCGCCGGGCUGUUUUCUGACCCGGGCGGCGGCACUCUGUGCGGCUGCGCGCGCCCUGGGACUUCUGCUCCUGCGCCUCUGCAGGACGGUGUGAUCCCGGCAGACAGAACCCGACCGAGCGGCUUUCGCGCUGCGGGAAGCCGGAGCAGAGCCGGCGCGUCGGUUUGGCUUUGGUUGAAGGAAGAACUUAGCCUAUAUGUACUGCUUCAUCCACUGGAAGAAUGACAGAUGACAAAGAUGUGCUUCGAGAUGUGUGGUUUGGACGAAUUCCAACUUGCUUUACUCUCUAUCAGGAUGAGAUAACUGAAAGAGAAGCAGAACCAUACUAUUUGCUUUUGCCAAGAGUCAGCUAUUUGACGUUGGUAACUGACAAAGUGAAAAAGCACUUUCAGAAGGUUAUGAGACAAGAAGAUGUUAGUGAGAUAUGGUUUGAAUAUGAAGGCACACCCCUGAAAUGGCAUUAUCCAAUUGGUUUACUAUUUGAUCUUCUUGCAUCAAGUUCAGCUCUUCCUUGGAACAUCACAGUACAUUUCAAGAGUUUUCCAGAAAAGGACCUUCUACACUGUCCGUCCAAGGAUGUGGUGGAAGCUCACUUUAUGUCGUGUAUGAAAGAAGCUGAUGCUUUAAAGCACAAAAGUCAAGUGAUCAACGAAAUGCAGAAAAAAGACCACAAGCAGCUCUGGAUGGGACUGCAGAAUGACAGAUUUGACCAGUUUUGGGCCAUCAACCGGAAACUCAUGGAAUAUCCUCCAGAAGAAAAUGGAUUUCGUUAUAUCCCUUUUAGAAUAUAUCAGACCACGACUGAGAGGCCUUUCAUUCAGAAGCUGUUCCGGCCUGUUGCCGCAGAUGGACAGCUGCACACACUCGGAGAUCUCCUCAGAGAAGUCUGUCCUUCCGCAGUUGCUCCUGAAGAUGGAGAGAAGAAGAACCAAGUGGUGAUUCACGGGAUCGAGCCAAUGCUGGAGACCCCUCUGCAGUGGCUGAGCGAGCAUCUGAGCUACCCAGAUAACUUUCUUCAUAUUAGCAUUGUGCCCCCGCCAACAGACUGAGGGCAUGUCCUCCUCACUAGGUGGAACCACCUUGAGACACCGAGGCGUGACACCCUAACUUUCUUCAUAUUAGCAUUGUCCCCCAGCCAACAGAUUGAGGGCAUGUCCUCCUCGCUAGAUGGAACCACCUUGAGACAACGAGGCGUGACACCCUUGCUUCAGUCAGGUUCGGUGGAGGCGACAGAAACCUGGGCUGCUGCAAGCCAAGGAGGAGAAGAUUCCAUGAGAGAUAGGGCACCCGGGCAGGGCUGAGUGUGCACCACUGCUUUGCUGAGACCGACAGGACCACUGCAGCCUCCUCUUCUCGUGAAAUGCAAUGCAGCUGAAGCCUUUGCUCAAUGAAAAAAACAAAAACAAAAACAAAACAAAAAAAAAACAAUGGAAAUGUGCCACAGUUUGUAUUUCUGAUUAACAAA